AUGAAAGUUUUAAUAAUAUUAGCUAUUUGUGUGGCAGUAGCAAGGGCACAAUUUGGAUUCGGCGGAGCUGGAUCUCAAGCACAAGCACAAGCUCAAUCCCAAUCUCAAUCUUUAGGUGGUGGAUUUGGUGGCGGUGGAUUAGGUGGUCGUGGAUUUGGACGUCGUGGAUUUGGAGGUCCUGGAUUUGGAGGUCCUGGAUUUGGAGGCCCUGGUUUUGGUGGAUUUGGUGGCAGUCAAGCCGGCGCCACUGCCGGUGCCAGUGGAUUUGGAUCCGGAUUUGGAAGAUAA